AAUAAAAUAAACCUGAAAUCAUUCCUCCGCGCUGUAGUGCGGAUCCGAUCCUAGUGUAUUUGGAUUUGCAAAUCAAAAACAAUGUAAACUCCGGAUCGGGUCGGUUUUAGUUGAAUUUCGGUCAACUGCCGGUAUGAUUUAUUCAACUGUGACUUGUAAAGGUGGGUUGUGGUAGGUAGAGAUUUGGCCACACAAACGAACUGUACCCUACACUUUUGCUUUUUCCUUGAGCUCGAAAAUUCUAAUUCGUUGACUUGACGCCAUUGCCUAGCAAUGAAAGCUGUAUAUCAUCUUCUUCUUCUCCACACAAUCUGAACCCAAUGUUAGGGGCAAGUCAGCCGGCGCCGGCAACUGCACGAAUGGCGCGUUCUGGUCGUUCUGAAUGGCAGACCUCUUGCGCUAUUCUAACAAGCAAGGUUGUUUCUCAAGAGCAAUCUGAAUCUUUACCAGUCCCUCCAGUUUCCGGCGGAUUUGAUCAUGUGCCUGCCGUUAACGGCCAUCAUAGCGCCGCGCAAAUGAAUCUAGUUCCGAUUGAGAAAUCUGAUGGCAAUCCUUUGGUCCCGCAGCAUCGUCAUCAUCAGCAGAAGCCUCUCAGCGUCACGGAUCUCUCACCGGCUCCGAUGCACGGAUCUAAUCUACGUGUAGCGUAUCAAGGUGUUCCUGGCGCUUACUCUGAAGCAGCCGCCGGUAAAGCUUAUCCUAAUUGUCAAGCUGUACCUUGCGAUCAAUUUGAGGUAGCGUUUCAAGCGGUGGAGCUUUGGAUCGCAGAUCGUGCUGUGUUACCGGUUGAGAACUCUCUCGGCGGUUCUAUUCACCGUAAUUACGAUCUUCUCCUCCGUCAUCGUCUUCACAUCGUCGGCGAAGUUCAGCUCCCUGUUCAUCACUGUCUAUUGGCUCUUCCCGGCGUCCGCAAAGAGUUCCUCACGCGCGUGAUCUCACACCCUCAAGGACUCGCUCAGUGUGAGCACACGCUUACCAAGCUGGGACUCAAUGUCGCACGUGAAGCCGUCGACGACACCGCUGGAGCCGCUGAGUUCAUAGCCGCUAACAACCUCCGUGACACAGCUGCAAUAGCGAGCGCACGCGCCGCCGAGAUUUAUGGUUUGGAGAUUUUAGAAGACGGGAUCCAAGACGACGCGAGUAACGUGACGCGCUUCGUGAUGCUGGCGCGUGAGCCAAUCAUACCAAGAACAGAUCGGCCGUUCAAAACUAGCAUCGUGUUCGCUCACGAGAAAGGCACGAGCGUGCUUUACAAGGUGCUUUCGGCUUUUGCCUUCAGGGACAUAAGCUUGACGAAGAUCGAAUCGAGGCCGAAUCAUAACCGUCCGAUCAGGGUUGUCGAUGAUGCGAACGUCGGGACGGCGAAGCAUUUCGAGUACAUGUUCUACGUCGACUUUGAGGCCUCCAUGGCGGAGACGCGUGCUCAGAAUGCGUUAGCCGAGGUACAAGAGUUUACGUCGUUCUUGCGUGUGCUAGGGAGUUAUCCCAUGGAUAUGACUCCUUGGUCACCAUCAUCGUCAACAUCAUGUACUUCUUCAUCGUAACCAUACCAUACAACUGAAAAUGUAAAUUUGUAGAUGACAACGAAUUUUUUUUUUUUUUUGUUGAUCCCGUGUGUUUACAAUUUAGAAAGUUACCCUAAACAUUUUACUCGUUUCUAAAGAAAAAACGCUAGUCGAAAGUUUGGAUUGUGAGUUAAUUUUUAGGCCU